AUGAUUCCUCCAUUCUUGUCCAUUACAACCUUCCUUCAUUUACCCUUAUUUAGGAGCAAGCACUUCAUUGCCUCAACCCUCUCCAACUCAACUUCAGAGUGGUGGAAAGGCUAUAUGCAAAGGUCUGAGCGAGGGUCGGUGGACAGGAGUAACUUUCGUGGUGAAAUGGUCUUCCAGAGGGACGAAGCAUAUGAGCCCUCAGUCAUCAACAGAGAUGAGGGAUUGAAAACUAGUGACAGUACUAAUGAAACAGGCGUUGAAGAUGAUAUGUGUGAAUGGUUGAGUUUAAGCCUCAACAGAAAUGAGUCCUUUACUGCUAAAGACAGUGCCUCUCCAUCAAAACCUGCCAGUAGAAAGCUUUUCUCAUGCAAUUUUUGCAUGAGGAAGUUCUAUUGUUCACAAGCUUUGGGGGGUCACCAGAAUGCACACAAGAGGGAAAGAGGAGCAGCUAAAAGAUAUCAGUCUCAGAGGAUCAUGACCUUCAUGGAAUCAUCACCCGGCAACUCUCCCACCGCGAUGUCUCUUCGUGUCCAGCCUCACUCUAUUGUGCACAAACCAAGCAGAGCAGGAACAACAUCUACUAUGACAGCAAGAUUUGAUGACUUCCCUAUUGGCUUCGGUGUCGCAUGGACACCUUUUAUGCUUACAGAGGCAUUGGAUUUGGUUUGGCCAGGCAGCUUUCAUGUGGACAAAUUGCCCAAGCAAGCAUCAGAUGGACAUAAGCUUGACUUAAAUCUCCGGCUGUGA